AUGUCUGGUACGAUCCAAGCCACGGACGCGAAGGGCCCCAUGCGCAGUGUCACCGUUCCCGGGUACGCUCUAAGGACAAGGGCGCAGUACUCAGGGAUAGGCCCAGUCUUCAGUCUCCUGUACUUGAAGAGAUUUGACACCAAAGGUGGAGUCGCAAGGAAGUCUAACGCCCAGUUCUACUUCGUGCGUCAAGCGAACGCCCCUUACUUCAGCCCCGAUCCGGGACUCGCCCCCGCCGCUGCCAUGAUCAGGUUUGCGAGUCUCUCGCAUCCUGUAACGUGCAAUUGUCCUUCACACUUCCCGACGUUGCUUCUAGCAAUGAGGUAA